GACAGCUUUUUUCUACACACCAUUUCUUGAUCAACCUCUUCACCAAAACCCAAUAAAGAUCAUGGAUUUUGGGUAUCAAAAUAAGAUCUUUUAUCUUCUUCUUCUUCUCCUUCUUGAAUUGCAGGUGUUGGUGGUUGUAAGUUUGGGUAGAACACAAGUGCUCUCAUUAACAACACAUGGCACAAGUAGUAAUGUAAGUAGUUCAUUAAGGGGAAGAAGAAGUGGAAGCCAUGGAAGAGGUAGGAAAUUGGUGGGUUGUGAUUUAUACAGAGGGAGAUGGAUUGCAGAUAAUUCUUAUCCACUCUAUGCAGCUUCAAGUUGUCCCUUUAUUAGUUCUGAGUUUGAUUGCCUUAAACAUGGCCGUUCAGAUACUCAGUAUCUCAAGUAUGUUUGGAAACCUGAUUCUUGCAACCUCCCCAGGUUUAAUGGGGUGGAUUUGUUGAAUAAAUGGAGAGGGAAGAAGGUUAUGUUUGUGGGUGACUCACUGAGUUUGAAUCAGUGGGAAUCGUUGGCUUGUUUGCUCCAUGCGUCGGUGCCCAAUUCCAAGACCACGUUUCAGCACAGAGACGUUCUUACCACCCUCACUUUUCAGGAUUACGAUGUGACGAUCUACUUGUAUCGCACACCAUAUUUGGUAGACAUCGUGAAACAAAGCAUCGGAAGGGUUUUGUUAUUGGAUUCUAUUCAAGGAGGCGAUGCAUGGAAAGGGAUGGACGUGCUCGUGUUCAACUCAUGGCAUUGGUGGACCCACACUGGAAACUUACAACCAUUUGAUUACAUAAAAGAUGGAUCAACCAUAUCGAAAGAUAUGGACCGUCUAGCGGCCUAUUACAAGGGCAUGACGACAUGGGCAAGAUGGGUUGAACUUAAUGUGGACCCUUCGAAGACUAAAGUGUUCUUUCAAGGGAUCUCUCCGACACAUUACAUGGGGAAGGAAUGGGGAUCAUCGUCAAGGAACUGUUAUGGAGAGCUACAACCGGUAGAAGGAUCAUCAUACCCUGCAGGCUUACCUGAGGCUCAAAUCGUUCUAAACAAAGUCCUAAGUAGCAUAAAGAAAUCAGUCACCUUGCUCGAUAUCACAACACUAUCUCAGUUGCGGAAAGAUGCACAUCCUUCAUCUUAUAGUGACUCAGGUGUCGACUGCAGCCAUUGGUGUGUGCCCGGGUUACCCGAUACAUGGAACCAACUCAUGUAUGCUUCUUUCGCCAAUUGACAGAUCAAUAAACGAUUAUACAAAAUGAAUACAUUUGUAAGUGGAGAUAUGGAAAAUGGUUCAUUUGUAAAGCUUAAGAACAAGAUUUGCAAUAAACCAUAAAAUAGAAUGAUAGAUUGUGCAAUAUAAAAAGAGUGUUUGAUUUUUUUAUAUGUUUUCAAAUCAAUUAAUUGCACUUCUUUUCUGAAUUAAAGUUGACAUGAAAUUACUUGUUUCUCCUCAUCAUAAUAUUGUAAUGUACGGUUAAUGAUA